CCGUCACCGAAAUCGCUUCUCAACAUGGCGCUUCCAAAGGGCAUGCGGUACUUGGCCGGCGCCACUAUCUGCGUCUUUUUAUACCUGUUCAUGCAGAUCAUGAAGACACCAGGUUCCGAGCCGCCAAUCGAGAUUCCGAACAAGCUUCCAGACAGCAAACUCAAUAACUGGGACCACGACCCUCAAUUGGACCCAUCUGGCGAACCUCCCGAGCCCCUGCGACGAGUCGAAGGCGACAACUAUGCCUACAACAACCCCGCGAGCGCGCGCAUCAACGCUACAAUACUCAGUCUCGUACGCAAUGAAGAACUCAAGGAUAUGCUACAGAGUAUGCACGAUCUCGAGCGCACCUGGAAUCACAAAUUCAACUAUCCGUGGACCUUUUUCAACGAUGUGCCCUUCACCGAAGAGUUCAAAAAGGCUACACGCGAAGCCACAAACGCCGAAGUACGAUACGAGCUAGUUCCCGCCGAACACUGGGACAUUCCGUCGUGGAUAAAUAUGGAUCUGUACCGCGAGUCUGUCUCAUUGCUCACAGCGCAAAACGUGCAGUACAUGGGCAAGCAGUCGUACCACCAAAUGUGUCGAUGGAACAGCGGCAUGUUCAGUGAGCACCCCGCGUUAAAGGACAUACAAUACUACUGGAGAGUCGAGCCGAACGUGCAUUUUUUCUGCAAGAUCGAUUACGAUGUCUUCGCAUGGAUGCAGGACCACAACAAGACCUACGGGUUCAACAUUAACAUCUACGAUAGUCCCGAAAGCGUUGCAACUCUCUGGCCGGAAACAAAGAAGUUCAUCGCAGACCACCCCGAAUAUAUCCAUCCGAACAAUGCGCGAGAGUGGCUGGAAGACGGCGAGCGCCGUCCUGAGAACAACAAGAAAGCCCACGGUUACUCUACCUGCCAUUUCUGGUCCAACUUCGAAAUCGGCGACUUGAAUUUCUGGCGCAGCAAAAAGUACCGCGACUACUUCAAUCACCUUGAUCGUGCCGGCGGCUUCUUCUACGAGCGCUGGGGCGACGCACCGGUUCAUAGCGUUGCGCUCGGCCUCUUCGAGGACAAGAGCAAGAUCCACUGGUUCCGUGACAUUGGAUACCAACACAUACCAUUUUUCAACUGCCCCAACAAUCCAAAGUGCUCUGGCUGCGACAAGGGCCGCUUCACAGACGGCGAGCAGUGGUUGAAUCGCGAGGACUGUCGCCCCCUGUGGUUCAAAUACGUGGGUAUGGACUGAGAACGUUUCAUACUGCGUCAAAAUGUCGUUUAUCCACUCUCUACAAUAACGUACUCAGUGGACCUUUUCUCGCUGGACUCUCGUGUAUAAAUAGACGGCUUACAGAUCAUAAUAUGUACACACGCCACGACGAGCCUUCGUCGUAUAUUUGGAACGAGUGGAGUUAAACAAGCGCCCUCUGGUUAUAGGGCUCUUCUUGUUCUUGUUUUUUUUGCUCGAGUGUCUUUUUUUUCGGUGCCUUCAGCGUCCGCUUUUG